AUGGCCGGAGUUGGCAUCUCCAACUACCUUCUUCGCACUUGUCUAGGGACCUGUGCAGUCUUGAUGGUUCACGAGUACAAUUGGGAUAUGCAGUUCAAGGGAAUGCUCCUGGGUGCCUUCUUCUGGGGCUACCUCGCAGGGAACUUGUUUGCAGGGGCCAUCUCUGCGCGCUUGGGCGCUGGGAUGGUCUUGGCUUGUGCGGCCAUCACGUGGAGUGCAUUGGCCAUUGCCAUCCCGAUGGUGGCGGACUUGGGAUUUGGAUACACCUGGAUGCUCCUCACCCUGUUGGGCCUGGCCGAAUCUCCUCUCAUGCCCACCACGAUGCAACUCAUCUCCGCCUAUGUUCCAGCCUCUGAAAGAGGUUGUUCGCUGGCGGCACGAGCGCUCUCCAUGCGUUUUGGUCAGAUCGUGGCGUCGGUAUUGGCGCCCUUAAUUUGCUCUCAGGCCGGCUGGCGAGCCACGUUCGCCAUUUUUGGGACUGUGAGCUUGAUGUUGGCCUUCCUGUGGCUGGGCUUUGCCAUGACGAAGUCGCGAGAGGCCGGCAUGGAAAUCGCGCGGAAGAUGUGGGAGGAUACCUGUGAUGCAGAUGUGGUGGCCACAGGCGCCGGCAGAUUUGGGCCACCGGCUCGGCUUGCGACCUCUAGAUCGGUUGAAAUGCCAGGAGGAUGGCAAGGGACAGAUGGCAGAGGCACCAAUAGCAAAGGUGGCGAGCACGGUGGAUCUUUUCUGCCACUCUGGGCGCUAAAGCAUCCUGGCUUCCUGGCGCUGUUGGCGGUACAUUGUAGCAGCAACUUUGCCAUGUACACCAUCAUGUCUUGGGGCCCGUCCUACUUCACAGAGGUGCUGGAGCUGCCCUUGGAGAGUGUGGGGCUCUACCUCAUGUUGCCGGCGGCUUUUUCAGGUGUUGGAUCCAUCUUGGGCGGCCUUUGUACCGAUUGGCUGCAGAGCCGACGCUGCCCGCUGCUGACCAUGCGACGGGGGAUCCUUUGCCCUGCUGCUUUGGCAUCAGGCCUUGCCUUGGUCUUGUUUGGGAACCUGCGCAGCAUCCCUUUUGCAAGCCUUGCGAUGAUAACAGCUGCAUUGUUUAUGGGUGUCUUGGACACGGCGAUGAACGCCGUGUACCUGGAUUUAGCGCCGCAAAAUGCCGUGGCGCUCGUGAGCCUGGGCAAUGGUGUGGCCACCUUGCCUGGUGCCGCAGGGCCUGCGCUGGUGGCGGUGUUGCUGGAGACCACGGGGCUUUGGUCCUUGGUCUGGGGCAUCAUCGCUGCGUGCUUCGUGGUUUCAUCUGCAGUUUUUGCUAUCUUUGGAUCGACGGAGGAUAUCGAGAAGCGACCCCCCAAGUACAUGUGCCAAGAAUUCGGGCAACAUGAAGACAAGCCUCGAUUCGAUGUGAAGGUCCAGAUUUGUUUGGUGAGAGAUGGCCAGGAUUGGGACAAAGUCACAACAUCCACACCCGUGCGGAUGGAAAGGGUGAUCCCAGUGCAAACAGAAUCCAUCCCUGUUGCAUCAACCGGAGCAGUGCGGCACCGCAAUCGACACAUGACCGUACCAGUGCGGCAAUCUUUGGCAGGGCACAGGAAGGGACGGCGGAAGCUGAAGGCGCUCCGCGAGGGCGUCGCCGGCCGCUCCUUCAUUUUGCCGGGUGAACGGGUUCGCCUGCUGAAGGAGGAACAGGCCUUCCGCAACGCCUUCAAGCGCUUUCCGGCGCAGACGCUGAAUGGCUAUACUGCCGAGAAAUGGGCCAAGAGGGGUGAGGAGUGCAUCAUCGAGAAAGUCUUUAACGACAAGACCAUUACCUGUGUCUUCGCAGACGCAAGCAGACUGGAUUUCCCUUGGGAGAUUGUCGAUGGAUUUGUGGACGACUGA